ACAGAAUGUUGUACAAAGCACGAACCGAAGGUGAGUGCAUUUGUACUAACAUUCUGUCCAACGAGUGCUGAAUUUCACCAUAUUGAAUGGCCUAUCAUUAUUUAUUCCGAUUCAAACAUAAAAAUUAGUAAAAGCCGUGUCUGUGGAACGGGCAUGAAGGAAGAAUACGCAUGCUGUCCCUGGACAGAGCCCCAGAUGUGCAGCUGAGAUGUGACGUCACUCAAAACAAUGCAAAUUGCAGAUUGAAUAGAGCAUGGUCGUGCAUCUAUGGAGAAUUAGAGAACGUUCUAUAUUGGCUAUGCUGCAUUCUGAUUGGUUGAGAAAUUCGAAUAGAGCACGGUCAUGUUUGAAUUGGUCACAAAUUUCAAUCGAUUUCUUCCAAAAACUCUUCUACAUACCUCAAACUAUUCUGAACUGUAUGUAACCAUUAUAAUAUGUAUAUCUAUACCCAUUCCCAGCCCAACACUUGAUUCAAAACAAAACAUAUACUUGGGUACGAGUUGUCUUGGGUACGAGUUGUCUUGGGUACGACUUGACUUGGGUACGAGUUGUCUUGGGUACGAGUUGACCAGUUACCAUAUGUACUGAUGAUUUCAAGGAUCCAAUCAUACUGCCUUGUCAUCACAGUUUCUGCAGAAAAUGUCUCAAAGACUUUGUAGAAGGAAGAUUAACAAACAAUAAAUUCCAGUGCCCACUCUGUGAUAAACUGACUGAGAUUCCUGUGAAUGGUGUACAAGGUUUUCCAGUGGAUGUACGGAUCGCAAAUAUGCUGAUCAAGAUUGAUGCUCUUUUAAAGGGAGUACCUUGCAGUAGCUGCGACACUAAGGAGAAUGCCAGAUGGAACUGUAAAACAUGUCGUCAAGCGUAUUGUAACAGGUGCCUCAAGUUGCAUAAAAAUAUACAAGAUGCAGAGAAACACAAAAUAGAACAUAUUAAUGCCAAUGAUGUGUGUGCAGCUGACCCUGAAAUGACAGACAGUUUUCACAGGAAAGCUAUAGUGAGGCAUUACUGUCCAAAUCACAAAAAAGAAGAACUUAUUUUCUUCUGUAAAAAUGAUGGUGAAACUGUGUGUAGGAACUGUAUUCUCUUAAAGCAUAGGGAUCACAAAAUCAUUGCUGUCAAAGACAAAGCAACAGAAAUACGUAAUCAGAUUGGCAACGUUUUAAAACAAGGUAAUUCGAACUUUAAGCGUCCUCUUACAGAUUAUGUAAGAUUCAUUGAGAACAUGAUGAAGGAAUGUAAGGAAAACUAUGACGAAACUGCAAAAUCAGUUCACGCAUACUUUCAAAAAAUCCAGGCCAAAAUUGAUGCAAAGAGAGACAAUUGCUUGCAAAAGUUGCAUAAGAAUCAUGCAUUUCAAAUGAAACUUUUGGAAACAACAACAAGCGAUAUGUCGGGACGAUUAUCUCGGUUCAAUAAUGAAAGGAGACUGUUGGAAACUUUAAAAACAAAUACAUCUGAUGUCCAACUGAGUAAAAUGAGCAAUAAACUCAUAGAUACAUUUACCGCAUGGGAGUCCAACGAUUGGCAGCGCCCUUAUAAGCUAAUUACACAGCAAAUUACCGUAUUUGCCAAUGACACACAGAUGCUUCAACAAUAUAUGGAUAGCAUCUCUGUGGAUGUAGAAGACAUAGUAAGGGGCACGCCUAUGCCAUUAUUCCCUGAUGAGAUACAUCAUGAUGUCCAAGAAGCAGAGGAGUUGAGUAGCUUCGAUACUGGAAUAGGUUGGGCAAAUGACAUAGCAAUCGCUUCAAACGAAGAUACUAUCAUAAUUGAAUGGAACAAAGAUGUAGCCACUGCAUUUGAUGCUCGACGUUAUCAUAAACUUAACAUCACAUGUACUGGCCCACCAAGAUCUGUUGCCAGAAUCAACAAAAAAGAAGUCCUCAUUGCAACAACUACAACAAUUGGUCUGUAUGACAAAAACUACAAGCACAUGAGAGACAUUAAAACAUUUGGAGAUAUACACAAUAUUGCUGUAAAUGAGGACAAUGACAUCGCUAUAGUGGAAAAUGCUGCUAAGGCUGUCAUUAUCAUAGACCAGAAUGGCAGAGAGAAGAUGAGACUGGAUAAGUUGAAGGAUCCUAUUGAUGUUUUGUUCAACAUAAAUGGAGACAUUGUGGUGUAUGAUGAUGGUGAUCAUGAACUAAAGGUGUACAGUGAUACUGGGGUAUUGAAACAUAAGAAACAACAUAACUGUGACUGUGGUGAAAAAUUAUUUUCAUAUCGUUAUGAAAAAUACCUUCUGACUGAUAUGUACAGACACAUCUUGGCAAAGGCAACAGACGGAAACAAGAAGCUGCUUUUAUACAGUAGAGACCUGAGUGUCGACAAGGAAGUGCUUCAAUGUGACAACUUUAUAGAUGCUUUCACUGUACAGAAAAAUGGCUCUCUAGCUGUGUUGAUAUACAACUCUAAAAAGUUGAACAUUUACAAAUACAUUAAAUAGACAUUAAGUGCAAAUAUCUUGUGUAAGGCCUACACUUGCAAUUUGGUAUUUUAUGGAACAUGAUGUAGAUCAUAUGUUAUUGCUUAUUUUUAAAAACAUAAUAGAUCCUAUACGUGAUGUAUAAAUGUCAUGUCUAUUUUUGUAAUAUUUAAAUUUCAAACUGAUUUAAAGUGUCUUUUACAUAUAGCACAGAGUUUACAGUAACGGAUUGGACAAAUUCAUUUUUUAAAUGAGUGUGAAAGCUCUCUCAACAUUUGCAUUUUUUUGUAUGGUAUUGUAAUAAUUUCCGAAGUUAUAUGACCUGGAUAAAAGAAUGGAAGCUUGAUGUAUUUAGUUGAUAAUUAUCAUUGACUCCCAAUAGGGAGUCAAUAGGUCAAUCAUUGACCUAUUGACCUGUAAAGCUUUAACAUCAUUUUAUUUGGGAUCGGUUUGUUAAAAAUGGUGGAACCACUCAUGUUUUUGUAUGACAUGUGAGCCAUGAAUGUGCGACAUAUGGUCAUUUGUUUAACCUCCCAUUAAAAGUUUCGUUUAUUACCAAUAGGACAUUCUGAAGAGACACAUUGUAUUUUGCCAUGUUAAAGAUAACAACAGCAACACUUGGAUUGAAAUAUCCAAUCAAUACAUUUACCUUUAACACACCUUCUGAUAAUAUGAUAUCUUCUUCAAAUGAAGUUGACAGUAUGUACA